AAAUGUUCAUUUUAACAUGCUCUUUCGAAUGAUGUAUGAUUCAAUAGAGUUAUCCCGAAAAAUUCCUAAUGGGCCGAUUUGUGGUCUUAUGCGCCCCCGUCCUUUGCUUUUACACAUAAGAAAAUUUCGAAUAUUUCGAGAUAGGAAUGGCUACUAAGGUUACAACUUUUGUUCAAUGAACUAAUCUCAUUGAGAACUUUGCUCGUGUAAAGUUUGAAGUCGAUUUUUUUCACAUGACUACAGAGCAUUUUGUUGAAGAAUUCAGUAAAGCUUCGAUGUCUCGAGAAUGAAGGCCCGAAAAAUCAAAUCAUUCUAGACAUUUCUAUUACUCAUCAAAUAAACAUCAUCUCGAUUGAAAAGCGAUUUGACACCUGCAAAGAUUCCCUCGUUAGUUUUUAUUAUGAAUUUUUUACAUGAAAACAUUUUAAUGUCUUUCUUUUCUAUCGAUUGAUAACAUGAAAGAUAGUCAUUCUAAUUAUCAUAGAUAUUCUAAGCGGAUGAACUCUCCAAUCUUGAAAAAUUUUCAUAUUUCUUCAGCGUUGUAUUGUGUUUCUUUCUCUUCAACUCCCUCUCAAUCCUAGCGAUCUCGAGAUACUCGUACUAAUUAUCCUAUUCUCUAGUGGACAAUCUAAGCUUAUGAAUAUCAUCAAAUAUUCGAAGAGUAUAGCAAAUAUUGUUUAGAUUGGAAAAAGUCUAUUUAUCAAAUUUCUUUUGUUGUUCUUGAAAAAUGAACAAAAACAAGAACCUGUCAAAGAAUAUUUUAUCCAACGAUCUAUUCGUUGAAUUUAAUAUGAAUUUCGUAAAUUUAUUUCAAAAUUUACUACUUAGUAAAUCAGUACUUUGAAAUUCGAAUAUUUUUAUUCAAAUUCAUUUAUUAGUUAAUGUAAAUAAUAUUUUUCGUGUGGAAAAUGAUAAUUUAUGCAUAGUAUAAAUAAUUUCAUUAUUCAAAUCUAUUCACAUUUAAUAGUAUUUUAUACUAAUUUUGAUGUUUGAAAGAUUGAAACUUAUAUUAAGAUUAUAAUAUCUUAUUUUAGUGUAGCUUUAGCAGCUGCAAGUGGUCGUAUUGAAUUACCAGUUCAAUCUACAACUUAUCCAUCUGAUAUAAUUGAUAUAAUGCUUGCAAUGCUUCAAACAGAACCUAAUCGACGACCAUCAAUCACUGAAGUUAUUGACAAGAUUUCCAAUGUAUCUCGUUUAACAAUGGAUAUUGUUUAA